AUGGAUUCCGCUAUUGUCGAACAACUGGAGCCGCAGGCUCUUACCGACCGACCGACCAGCCCUGGCGUGGAGGAGCCGACUGCGACGGGGUUGACAGGACCACGCAGCAUCGCCCUUGGCCUGACGCGCACCUACGCAGCGGACUGGACGGUUCCUGAUGCCCUGCGGGAGCUCUAUCAAAAUUGGAAGGAUGCCAUCCUGCAGGCCCAUCCAAUGAGCUUGGUCGAUUUUGCGCCGCACGUUUCGGCGACUUCGGAGUCGAUCACGAUCGUCGUCGAGGAGCAAGUCGCACCGGCCCCGGGCGGAGCCAGACCGCCGGCACGGAGGGUCCUGGGAUUCAUUCGAUUUAACAAGGCCCAGGGCAGUGCAGAGUUUACCAACCUGGGAUCCUCCCUGGACCCGCAGUGUCUGGAGAUGGGUCACACCACCAAGAAGAACGACGAGCGCUUGGCCGGCGGCCAUGGGGAGGGGCUGAAGAUCGCCGCCCUGGUGCUCUCUCGCGCGGACCACCAUGUGAAGAUCUCCGCGAGCGGCCUCUACUGGAACUUUGGGUUCAACGGCCAGGCGAAAAAGAAUUUCUACUGCCGACUGACACCAGCCAAGGCGAAGCGAGACCCCGGGGCCCCAGGGCGCCCCAGUCAUCCCGCACGGCUCAGCGCUGAGGUUGGGAGGGACGUCUCGGUGCUUGUUGAGAAAGGCCAGAAAGGCCAGCGAUUGUCGCUGAACGACUUUGGCGUCUGGAUGCGGGACACGGUCGACCUCCACGCCCCCUCGAGCUCGGUUCGGACGCCCGUUGGAGAUCUACUGCUAGGAUCGGUACACUGGGGCCGCCUCUACCUCAAAGGUCUCCGCGUCCCGGAAUCGAGCCAGGGCCACCAGCCGUUCCGCUUCGGCUACAACCUGGUCCACGGCAGUGUCGACCGGGAUCGGCAACGCCUGGUCGACGCGCCGCAGGCGGCAGCGGACAUCCAUUCGAUCUGGGAACGCGCGAUCAUGCAGGAUGAGGCUAAGGCGCUCCCGCGCUACCUGGAGCUCCUUCGAAACCACCCGUCGUGCGCCGAUGCGAGAGGGGCGGAGCGGUCGGUCACGGAGGCGACAGCCAAGAAACUGUGGGAGGCGAUCUGUCGCGAGCCGAGGACUCGGGAUGUGUUUUACUGCCGCGAAUCUGACCAGAAUGAUGACUCUCCCGUUAUCCGAUCGGAGUUGAAGACGGAGCCUCAGCCGUUGCCUGACCCGCUGUGGUCGAUCUUACGGAUGUACGGCCUGGUGCGGAACCCUUUGGAAGAGCUGCAACGCCGGUUGGAAGUUUCCGAAGAAGUAGACGUGCCGGACACAGCGUUCGCACAUGGCAUGGCUCACACCCUUGGCGCCUUGCUCGCGCUGGAUCUCUCGACCAGGCGGACAACAGUUGUCUUUGUCCGUUGCGGGACUGACUCGGUCGACAUGGCGUACCGCACCGAAGGCGAGCGCCUGUAUAUCCACGAGAAAUGGCUCCAUGUUCAGCGUGGCCACUCUUCUGGAACGGAGGGCCCGAUCCAACUCCAGCGCGAGGCCGGUGAUGCAGUCUGCCAGCACGUGGCCGAAGAGCUCUACAAUCGUGCCGUGACACUCAUCUUCCGUCAGACCCAUGGAGUGCACUCGAGUGAGGCGCUGCAGCCGCUCCUUCAAUCGGCCCGCCGGAAAUUGCAUGAAAUGCCGCGCAUGAUACAGGCACGCACCACGGAUAAAGGAGAGCCGGCGAAGCAGGUCUCCUUCUAUACGGGCCACAGUCUCAUCUUCACUGAACUCUAUGGGGCGCAGGUGCAAUACCUAGUGGCGUUGCAUGGGCCACACUGCACCAACCAGUCGGUGGAUCUCGUGUAUGAUGCCCGCCGUGAUACCUGUUUCUGUCCUCGACAGAUUGUCUCCCUCAAUAGCCGAACCGCUGUGUUCAAGGACCUGGGUGAGGGACCCUGGAUUCCGACGAUUGCAAAAAUGCCGGACCCCAACAGUUCUAUCGUACCUUCGGAUAACCACUCUGCUCUACCAUCUCUGAGAGCCCAAGACGGGGCGUUGGUGGGCAUACCGGUCCGACCCUUCUCUCCGCUGAUUGGGGGUACUGCCCGUGAGCCUCUAGAGACCCAAUCGAGUGCACCUGACGUGGCCAUUUCUCCCACAACUGUCCCAAUUGGCUAUUCGUCCGCGCUUCACGCUGCUGCGUUGCCUGCGCCCGCCGCCUUGAUGGCGACAAGUUGGGAAACCCUGGCUGGAGACGAAACUUCCUUGGAGCAGGGCGCUAGGGUUGUGGGGGCCCUUUCGCAACCAAUUGACGAUACUCCUGUGGAGGGGCCUACUCUUGUUCACAAUAUGCCGAUGACCUCCACGGAUAUUGACAGCAUCUUACUGGAAGCGCCCGAUGAUGAACAAGAAGGAUAUCCCCUGGCCAGCACCGCCGACCAUUCCCAGCAAGAGGUCUUCAAUACCUCUCAGCGGCCCCGUCACCGGCCGGAAUCCGCUCCUGCGGUGGGAACGACAUCGUCCGACGCCAUCGGUGAUAGCUUGGCGAUCCACGCCAGCGAGGCCCACGAUGCCUCGUCCGGUUUGUCUCUGCCGGCCAUUUCGCAGGACACGACCGGCCCAGAAUCUGCCUGGUGGCGGACCUGGCCAAGACCACCCCCGAAUGCCGACGCGCAGCAAAGAGCCACUGGCCAGGAUAUCCAAGCUGCCAAGGAACCCCAUCAGUCACCCGAGCAAUGUCCGCAGUUCUCGAGAGGCGCGUACGUUCAGGUACAGCUCCAGGUGCCCGGCGGCGACGGCACUAUGGCCACCCGCCAUGUACUCUACAUCCACGAUAUUCUCUCACCGGCCGAGAGUGAAUCUGGCCUCCGCCUUGUUGCCACGAAAUAUUCAUUCCUCGUUGACCAGCUGGCGUGGGAAGCAGGAAGCCCGGCUGCCGGGAGCCAAGAGCUCCUCCUCCACUUCCAGGAUGCCGACCGGAUGGGCCACCAGGACGAUGCGAUCAUCGUCAAAGUUGGCGACGUGGCCGCGGUGGAUGAGGGUCCUGCCGCUACGUUGGUAUCCCAUGUCACGGAGGUGCCUGAUGUGGUGACUGGCUUUUUUGCUCGCUAUGGUAUCCACGAAGGAUCUUAUCGGGAGUCGUUCUUCGUGACGCCUCUCGUGCCCCACCUCUCCGGGCCAAAAGGCAGCCCACCGUUCCCGCGCUUUACACCGUUCCCCGUAGCUUCGGUUUUUGAUCUGUCCCCUGACGACCUGCGCCUUUCGACCGGCUUCGCGCAGGCGGGAUAUCGCGUCAGUGCUGCUGUUGGCUUCGAUGAAAGAUGCCACCAGCCGUGGAAGGCACAACAUCCAGAUGCAGUCGUGUAUCACGGUUGCGCUGCGUCGGCUGUAGCCAGGAUCGACAGCCAGGGUUUGGUACUGCCAGACAUGGCAGGGGGCCAGGCGCCCCGCAUUGUUACCAUCAACGGAGAAGGCCCGUCGGUCGUGUCGCCAUCUAGGACGCUUGCUUCCUGCGCCGUGGAUGUGGUCGAUCUCUCGCAAGCGGACUUGACCCCCCUCCAACUGUGUGAGCUCGCCGCGCAGUCGCCAGUGCUGAGCCCCGAUUUUAUCGUCCUGACCAUGUCCCGUUCGAUCCUCGACGACCAGCGGUGGGGCUCGCUGGCGAGCACCAUGAGCCUUCUCCUCGAGCAGGGCUACUCAGUUACGCUGCGACGCGUCCCGCUGGAUGCACCGGAGCCGUAUAGAGAACGGUCGGUUCUCCUCCUUGCUGCCCCGGGCCGCACCCACCCUCAGUGGAUCGACAAUGCCAUUUCCGAUCUUCAAAUGGCGCCCACACCGGACGAGGUACUAGCGGGACAUAUCGGGACAGUCUCGUCGGGCUCCGGCCAGCCUUGUCCAUCUUCCUCGGCCUUGGCGGACGGGAGCGAUUGCCGGGGCAUACAAGGCGCGGGUAUUCAUGCCGCGGUCGACCCCGUCUUGCCCGCUGGUUCAGUGCCCGUAGGUGCGGCCAGCACCCUCGGCCUGGAUAGCCUGUCCGUCGCAGGCCCUCACCCAAGCGGCGGCCGUAUUCGACCGGAUGGAGCACGGCAGAUCGCAGCUAUGAUUUCCCGGAUAAUUGGGCAGUUCUCGACCAGGAACCCAAACCUGCAGCUGACCAACACGCCUGGGUUGGUCGUGUCUGAGUACGCCGACGAUUCCCCGGAGAGGACCAAGCGGCAGAAGGUUGGGGAUGCGUCUAGCUAG